AUGUUCGAGGACGAUGUCUAUCGGACCUCGUCGCAGUACCGACUCUGGUCUUACACUGAAGCUUCUCUGCGCUCGCUUAGGGAGAAUACAAAUUCCGUUGCGAGCGAGCGUGUUCGGGCUGCAUUGCGGAGGGCGCGAGAGGCGCGACAGUCGGCCAACUCAUCAGCUGCCGGUACACCCACGCCGAGAACCGAUGCAGAGGGCAGGACCGAAGAGAAAGACAUUGACUGUUUGACAUCGGAAGAGGAGAAGGAGCUGGUGCGAUUCUACUGCGAGAAGGCCGUCGAGCUGGCGGAGACAUACAAACCACCAUUACCGACAAUUGUACGGGCCACUGCGAUCCAAUACAUCCGGCGGUUCUACCUUACCAAUUCCCCCAUGACCUACUCCCCCAAAACCAUCAUGCCAUGCGCACUCUUCCUCGCGACCAAAACCGACAAUUACUACAUGUCCCUCCGACAGUUCGCCGAAAAGGUUCCAGGCGACACAACGGCCGAGGACGUCAUCGGCCCUGAGUUCCUCAUCAUGCAAAGCCUGCGCUUCACAUUCGACGUCCGCCACCCCUUCCGCGGCCUCGAAGGCGGCGUCAUGGAACUCCAAGCCAUGGCCCAGGGCAUGGGCCAGCCUGCACCUCACCUCCCUCACCAAAGCCCCGAAACUCUCCGCCAGGGCAUCCUCUCCCUCCCUCCAGCCCCAGACUCCCCCGCCUCUUCCUCCUCCUCCUCCAUCACCGACCGCAUCGCCCGCGCACACACCACCACUCGCGAGCUCCUCAAAACCGCCGCCCAGAUGACAGACGCCUACUUCCUCUACACGCCGAGCCAGAUCUGGCUCGCAGCCUUAACCCUCGCCGACCAACCCCUAGCAACCUUCUACCUCGAGACGAAGAUCGGGCGCGACACUGACACCGCCGCCGCGGACCCAUCCAUAGCAGACGCACUGCACACCAUCCGGCUCAAACUCCAGCGCACGCUCGCCGGCUGCGCCGCCCUCCUACAAUCCUACAAACCGCUCAACGCAGACCCAGAGCAAAUGAAGAAUCUCAAACGCAUCGGCAAGAAAUUCUACUACUGCCAGAACCCGGAGAAGAUCACCAUCGCCGGGCAGAAGCGCGUUCCCGCAACUGCUGCGGCGGCGGCCGCCGCCGCCGCUGCUGCCGCAGGGACCGAGGGUGCCACCUCGGAGAGCGAGGUCGAGCGGUUGGCGAAGAAGCGCAAGCUGGAAGAUGAGGCGAAGGGUCAGGGGGCGCGGGAUCUCUUUGGGGGCGAGCUGGUGCGGGAACGGGUGAAGGAGCGGCCGGCGGGCGAGCAACAUCCAUCGUAG